AUUCCAUUCAUAUUUAUUUUAACGUCAGACGGUUAUCAUUUAAUAUGCCAGGUCUUAUCUAACGAAUGGGGCACUAUAAUGUUAAGAGUUUUUAUCUUGCCAUGUUGAGUUUUUAUGUUGACAGGGUGUUGUAUCACGUAAACUGUCAGGUUUGUGAAGCUCUUCGCACGGUAGGAAGGAGGAAGUGGAGUGGGGUUUAAUUUAACUGUUGGCAAGGAAAAGAAAGUAAUCUGCUCCACAGUGCUCUUCAGAAUCAGCGGGCAUUCAGGUGUUUGUCUGUCCGGUAAAGGGUUGAGGAGAGGGAGCAGAACGGGAUGUUUGCUCGGAAAAACAAGCGAGCAGCAGCGCCGAAAGGCCAAGGAGCAGCUGCAGCCAAACAGAUGGGAUUGUUUCUUGAUUUCAAGCCAGCUGAUGUGAUGGAAAUAGAGCAAGAUCUGGAUGAUCCAGCUUUAGAAGCUGAAUUUGCUGCCAUUGUUGGGAAGAAACCCAAUGUGGCUCCUAGGGGGAAAAAGGCUGGCAAAGCUCCAUUACCGAUGGAGGAUAUUGCAAAAAUGGCGGAGGCCUGCAUGAAAGACAUUGAUGACGAUGAAGAUGAUGGUCUGGAGGAUGACGAAGACCUCUUGGCUGAGCUGCAGGAAGUGGUUGAUGAGGAGAAAACGGAAGAUUCAGGUGCCACAAACCCCGGCUCCCCCAUUAGUACAGAAACCUCUUCAGCCGAAUUGACGGCAGCCACCCAGAACAUUAAGAUUUUUUCAGUGCCUGGUAGCAUUGAGUACACUUUAGAGGAGAGAAUAAACCUGUAUAGAAUGGCUGUUACCAAUGCCAAAGCUGCAGGGGAAACCUCUAAAGCUCGAAGAUAUGAGAGAGGCCUCAAGACACUACAGACUAUGCUGGCAUCAGUACGGAAAGGAGGGAAGAUUGACGAAACAGAAAUUCCCCCUCCAGUUGCAUGUGGAGUGUCUGGUAGUCCCAGUGGACCUCCUGCCCCUGCAGCUUCACCUGAUCAGCACGGGGAGUGUGACAGCGCUGUUGAGAUCUCUCCCAUCUCUGCAGAGGCUGUCCUUGUUGGCAUGGAUCCAGCGUCAAACACUAAAGACGAGUCCUCUGGUGUAGCAUCUCCAGCUUCCCUUUCAUCUCCAGAAGAGGAACAUGCAGCAAGUGGCGCUGAAUUGCACUUAGCACACUCACCAGCCGGACAGCCCACUAAAGACACUCUGUUGGAGAGACAGAAAGAGUACAGGAUGGCAGCUCUCAAAGCUAAACAAGCAGGAGAUAUUGACCAAGCCAAAAUGCAUAUGAAGGCCAGCAAGGGAUUCGAUGCAGCAAUUGAGGCUUUGGAGAAAGUCCAGCUGGUGGACAUGAGCGCCCUUCCGCCCCCUCUGUCUCAAGCCUCUACAGUUACUCACCCUGCACCUCCAAAAGCCAUUCCCUCACCUUCAGCUGCUGUAGACAGCAGUUCUGGUCCAGCUCGGCCCCAGACUGUUCUUGAAGCUCUAGAACAGAGGAUGGCCAAGUACAAAGAGGCCUUCACACAAGCUAAGGCCAGCGGGGAUGAGCGCAAAGCCCGCAUGCAUGACCGCAUUGCUAAACAAUACCAGUCUGCCAUCCGAGCCCAUAAAGCAGGCCGACCUGUCAAUUUUGAUGAGCUUCCAGCCCCUCCAGGCUUUCCUCCAAUCCCAGGCCAGAAGGCCGCUGCUCCAGAGCAGGGAUUGGCUGCAGUUCUGGAAACAGCCAAUAAGCUGACAUCUAAUGAAUAUGAAGCUGGUGAUGGUGAGGAGGACGAUGAAAAGGGAGAGGAGAAGGUUAAGGCUCUGAAAGUAGGCGACCAAGUGAAGCCCACUCUUGCAGUACAGCCAACGGUACAGAAGCCCAAGAGGACCCCUUCACCUUCCCUAGACAGAACGUCCAAAAGAGGAAGUCUGCCUGACACUGCUCAGCAGCAGCUGGAGUUUCUGGAAAGCUGCAAAAAGCAGUACAUGAAAGCAGCGCUGCAGGCAAAGCAGAAGAAUGACCUAGAGCAGGCCAAGACCCUCCUGCGUGCAGCAAAAAGUUUGGACCCCAUGAUAGAAGCCACCCGCAGUGGCAAGACAGUGGAUGUUAGCAAGUUGUCUUCACCGCCUGGAGAUGAGGAUGAGGACUUCAUCCUAGUCCAUCACAGUGAUGUUCAGAUCUCAGAGAAGGCUGAGGAGGUCUACACUCAACUCACAAAACUACUCGAAGAGCAAUACGAGAAAUGUGUGACAUACUCCAAGCAGUUCACGCACAUGGGGAAUGUUGCAGAAACAACCAAAUUUGAGAACAUGGCGCAACAAUGUAAGAAAAGCCUGGAGAUUCUUAAACUGGCACAGAACAGGGGCCUUCAGCCUCCUAAACAUCACUUUGAGGAGAGAACAUACCGCACUGUCAGGUUCUUCCCAGAGCUCAGUAGCACAGACAUGGUUGUGUUCAUUGUUAGAGGGAUGAACCUUCCUGCUCCCUCUGGUGUUUCAACAAAUGACUUGGAUGCCUAUGUCAAGUUUGAUUUCCCAUACCCCAGUACAGAUCAACCUCAGAAACACAAAACAUCAGUCAUCAGAAAUACCAACAACCCAGAGUACAACCAGAGCUUCAAACUGAACAUCAACCGAAACCACCGUGGCUUCAGGAGAGUUAUACAGUCUAAAGGCCUGAAGCUGGAAGUGCUACACAAAGGUGGCUUCCUGAGAAGCGACAAGCCGAUAGGAACAGCCCUGCUCAAAUUGGAGAAACUGGAAACUGAUAGCGAAGUGAGAGAGAUAGUGGAGUUUAUGGAUGGGCGGAAGGCAACAGGUGGUCGUCUGGAGGUGAGGGUGCGUCUCAGAGAGCCGCUGGGUGGGCAGGACCACCAGACUGUCACAGAACGAUGGCUAGUGUUAGAGGAGCCACAGGUGUUGCUGUAACUGACACCGUGAUUUCAUCUUCACAUCGUUUAUGAGAGGAGAUGAAGGUAUGGACGGUGAAAGCUCCACGGUGCUGCUAGCCUCGGGAUGUGAACCACGUGAAGAAGAUCGUGAGGAACUUGCUCAACAAGCUUUCUGUGCUUUGAGCCGUUCGCCGAGAAACAUAGUCACUGACAAAGUGAGUUAGCUUUGUCUUUAUCAGGGUUAAACAGGUUGGACCAGGAUGUAAGUGUUGGGGUGAUAAUUAAAAAUAUAGGAGAUAUUAAUAAGAGGAGCGGGUAAAUGUGCAGACUUGUGUGAGAGGCCUUUUGAAAUAUAUUGCCUCUUGAUUUUAUAAUAACGCUCACCCCAACCCUUACAAUAAUGCAUUGGAGCUAAAGCCAAUGAGAGCUAACCAAUAUUUUUUUACUGCUCUGGGAUGCACUAAUGCCAAAGUAAUCAUUGCUUCUGCAGGAAGAUGAAUGACUUAAUCUGUUCUCUCUAAAACUAGGAGCCUGUUCCUGCCAUAUCUUAAAUACUAAUUUACUGCUAUGCAAAUGAGUUUGACACGAUUAGCUAUGCAAAAAGGUUUGCGUUUGAAUCCCAAACAUUUUGUCAAACAUUUCAGAACUUGUUUACAUCCUGUGUGAAUUCACUGCUUGAUUUAUUACAGACAGGCAGUGUCAAAGCACUGCUGUUGAAUAUUAUAUUCCUUAUAAAUACCAUUAAAGCCAUAAACCAACCUUUA